ACUCAUGGUCACGAGACUUCCGAUCGAGUUCACUCCCCUUUGACAGUGUUUAUAUCGUCUCCAGAAAUGGGACUUGGAAAUAUUUUCGUGUUGUCUCAAGUGACAGCGUUUCUCUUGUCCUUUAUUUUCUCUUUCUUCAUAUUUGUCCCCGUUUGGUCAAAUGUGAACGAAUUCAGUGGCAACUGUUUACUCUAUAGUUCAGGUUUAUGGAUUCCACAGUCGAGCAUUUCUCAAGUGAAACUAAACAUUGUGUGGGGCCCAAAUAGUGCAUGCAAUUUUACUAUUUUUGUUGGAGUUGCUGUGUUGGUCCUGUCAAUAUUCUACAUGGUCUGGCAGUCACGGUACUUGUGUAGAGGGAUUGACAGUUCCUGGCUAGAUGCAUUUGUUACCUGUGCUGUGACACUUGUGAUGACAGUGGUGCUGUUUGCAACAGCUCUCACAGCAAGUGUGGGCUUCAGGGAGUGGUGCUCGCUCAUCACCAAUCCAGUAUCUCAGAUAGAGCAAUGUGAAAAUGGACAGUAUGAUGGCAGGAUUGUGUUCACCUCGGGGCUACAGAUCAAUACAAACAACUACUACACAGAGAUGGAAAUGUCGCAGUUCGGUCUGUGGGCAACGUGGAUCUGUUGGUUAGUUCUGUCAUUUCUGUCAGUCAUUAAGCUGUACCGCUUUCACAGACAGGAAGCGUUCCUCACAAGCAUGAACCGAGAACGUGAACGUCUGCUCCAGCGUGUUGGACACCCAGCAACAGAGCCAAUGUGAUUUGGAUGACACAUUCAGGUGGUAGCUGUCUUCAUCUGUCAUGGUGCUAUGUACACUGGGCAUGGAACUCUCCAUUAAGGAGGAGGAUUUCUGUGCCCAAUAACUUGCUGACAAAAUUUGGAUGUCUAUAUGAAGGAACAAAAUUGUGUAUUUUCUCAGCACAUGAGUUCACACCACUUUGCAGGGGUAGACAUUUCCAACUAGCUUCCAACUAGCCAAUGCUCAUUUUGGACUCCCGAUUUCUGUAAAAUGACUAGAUUCUUUCAGAAAACCACUAGUACAUAGAUUUUCACCAUAGAAUCAGGCGAACUGACUAGUGGCCAUGUCUAUCCCUACUUUGCUGUACACCAAAAUCAAACAUGACAAUAUCCAGAUUUAUGAAUGCUAUGACAUUUUGCGGUGUUACUUGUUUUACCUGUAUGUUUCUUACCUGUGUUAGAGAUGUUACCAUGUUUCAAUGCGAGGCAUUUGGUGUACACUGUGGUGUAUAGUGCUGUUCAAUAGAAGGAAAAACAGGAAGGAGACUUUGAACGUUCACAAAGUACCCAGACAGGAAUAUGAUGCUCACAAUAUAUCGAUAUAUAUCUCUGAAGCAAGGGACCAUAUGAAUUAAUACCUUCCGGUAUUAUUUCUCAAAAAUACCCUGACAAUAAAUGUUUCUUCUUUGUUGUAUUACUGUGGAACCAGCUGGACAGAAGCUCAGAGAGCUUGCUCAUGUGUUCAGUUCCAGGUUUGCCUGGUCCUGACUGGAUUAUUUCAGACAGCUGUUAUAUAGUUGGAAUACUGCUGACUUGGGCAUUAACUGACAUUGUAAGGCUUAAGAAAGAUAAAAGAAUUGGUUCUCAGGCAAUGACUGUUGAAAAUAUAGGGCAGGCGGGUGGGUGGUGUUUUGUUUAUUUUUGGCUUUUUCAAACUAGUAUGUAACCAAAUAGUUGUGUACCAUCAACCUGGGAAAGAGCCUCCCUACAUGAACAAGAAUACAAACUCCUAUUGCCGCCAUGACCAUAACACGAGAUGCACAGUAAAGCAGUGCACAUGUAAAGGGAAGUAACCGCGUUGUUUUGAAGUAUUAGGAUUUAUAUGUUUUUUAAAAAAUGGAAAUAAAAACAAAACGUUCCGCAGACUUUAUGACGAUGCAGGUUUGAGAACCAUGACUAUUAUUUUGUUUAGCCUAAAAUAAAUGGAAACAUUUGCAGCAAUCUGAUUAGUUUAAAAAUACAUUGUUAAUAGAGAUUAGACAUGGGUAUUUUUGUGGACUUUUAAUUGGGUAUGAAUGAUACCACAUUCAUUAUUUAUCAGUAUGAUCAGUGAUUUUAUACUUGUUAGAACAACUUUAAUUUUGUUGUGUAAUACGUACACACAUUUCUUUUAUUCAGAGUCCAGAUAUACAUGAUAUGAUCAUAUGUUAGCAUUGAAAUUAGACCAUUAACUGUGGGCCAAUCAUAUUAAUAUGGACAUGAUCCUUUAUUUCCCCACACAUUACAACUAUUGUCUGUUGAUGGAGGACAUGAUCUUGACACAGUACAGUUCCAAGACAAACAUUUAGUCCCAGAAAUAAAGUUACCUCAUUUAAAAAUCUAUAUGCCGUCAUUCAGGUGAUGUUUCUGACAGAUCACGAUCUGAAAAAUAUUAUCAUGAAAGUGUAUCCCGUGGAUAAGCCGACCCCUUUCUACAGAAUCUUUUUUCUGGUCCUCAAAUUUCGUCUUAUUCGCGGUCAUAUACGGUACACAAAAUAAAAAGUAAAAUUCAAAUGGAGCCCAGAACAAUACUUAAUUUCACCUGAGGCAAUCUAGACUUGAGUUGGACUCCUUUUUUUAUAUAUUCUCUAGGGUCUGGGGGACAGACUAUGCAGUUCCAUGAAGUGGCUUGUGAAUAAUUGCUUCCCUGUAUUUCACUGUAGUACAUUGUUUUAAUCAUUUCUCAAUUCAUGCAAUAUUUUGUUUCUUAAGAGGUGAUAUGUUGAUAUUUGUAGACUAUGAAUACUGCAUGAGUUAUGAAAUGUUACUUAUAUGGAGAUGGCAUAUUUAUAAUAUAGGAAGAAUGAAAUAUGUUUAUUGUGACCCCUAAAUGUUGCGGAGUACUCAUUCUAUACAUGUUCAAAUCAUAUCAGGAAUGGGUUUUUUUCUGAGACAAACUUAGUAUUUUGCUUCAGGUCAAAUCUUCUACAGUGAGCCGAAGACGACAUGUAAAUAUUGAGAUAAAGUAACUAAAUUGAUGUAGGCUUAUUGACAGUAUCACUGAAGGGGCAAUGUCUGUCAGCACUCAGCACCAUACCCAAGCUUAGGGGUUCCACCACAGUGGUAAAUGUCUAUGUGACCUACACCACCUUCGGCUAUCUUCCCGCAUCAAGCUGACACUUUGAUAUAAUUAUGUGACCAACCAUGAAAUAAGGGACCUUAUUGGUGAAAAAAUCACAUUUUGACUUUUCAUCAUAUUUUUAAAACUACAGCAUCUUUGGAACACAAAAAUACAAAAAACAAGUUUCAAUUCAUAUUUAUUACAGAGAUACAUGACAUCACACAUAUCGAUUUUCACUGAAGUAAGUUGACGUCAAAUGACUUUGAUACAAUUGUAUCCUAGCACCCUUAAGGUCCCUUUUCUCCUGGUGGGUCACAUAUCUGAACUAUAGUGUCACUGAACAACCCUCACUGACCUACUGAGCAAUGAAAGUGUUCCACUUAACUAAACUUUGCAGGUCUCCGAUAUUGACUCCUUGCCCAACUGCACCAUUAGAUCUGCAUUUGCUUCAAGCUGCAUGUGUUCACCCAUCAUUCCAGGAGUCAUCGCAGUAGAUGGCUUCUUGCCUGUUGCAUGAUGUAUGGUCUUCCAUAAUAGGAAAAUAUUUAUGUCUCAAAUUAUGUUGUCAGUUUUCAUGUCAAACUGAAAAGUAUAUGAACAAAUAAAGUGUAUCUAUGUA